AUGCAAGUCCUGCGAGGGUCGUCAGGUGUCAUCACAAGUCCUUAUUACCCCGGCAAUUAUGGCAAUAACCAUAGAUGCAGAUGGAAAAUCACAGGAAAUUCAGGAGAUCGAGUAAAGUUGGUCAUUCAUGGUGCGUCAAUAGAAGCUGGCUGGGACUAUAUAGAAAUUCAAAAUGGUUACUUACAGAGCAGCAGUUCAAAUCCUGGGCCAAUUAGUUCAUUCAGCGGAACAAUGACCUUUAUUUCAUCCCGUGAGAACCUGAUAGUGUAUUUCCACACAGAUGGCAGUGUAACAUACCGUGGAUUUAGGGCAACCUACACAAUCCUACGUAACGGUAAGUAAUAACAGCCUUACCUGAUCUGCUCUAAACACUUGUUGGUCCAAUGCUUUCCCAUUUUUGCGAACACAAUGUUUUGAAAGAAGAAACCACAUCUGCAACAGCGUAUUUUGGUUUCUUUUGUUUUUCAUAGGCUUUAUAAUAAAGGUAUGUUUUUCGCUUAUUUUAUCAUCUUUCAUAACAGCUAGUUAUUUGAUAUGGUGCUUUCAUUGUUUGGCAAGAUGCAUGUCGUUUAAUGGUGUGUUUAAUUUGGGGUGGUGGGCGUCCAAAUUAAGAGCGAAUGCCCAGAAACAUAAGCCCCCCAAACGGUUAACGCAAAAACCCUCCGUUAAAUCAUCCCUCCAAAAAUAAGCCCCGGGGCUUGUAUUUUUGAAAAGCCCUUUUUUGAGGGGUUAUUUUUGGAGGGGCUUUUAUUCGGAGGGGCUUAUCUACGGAGGGAAAUUUGUGUGUCAAAAUCGAUUGGGCUAGCCAUAUAGUUGGAAGUAAAUUUACCGUUUUUGCUUUGUUUUACUCUGUUUCUGAGGGCAAUUUUCCAAGUACAAACCCCGCGGGGCUUAUACUUAGAGGGGUGAUUUAACGGAGAGUUUUUUUGCGUUAGGAGUUUAGGGGGCUUAUAUUUGGAGGGGCUUACACAUGGAAGGGCUUUUUUUCGGAAUUUUACGGUAUUUUUCCGUGCCAGGCGGCUAAUUUUAGGCCCGCGGACCGUUGAAAUCGAAAAUCUCAAAUAAUUCCCAACUCGGUCGCAUUUUGAAAAUAGCUAUUAAGCUAAUCUACGUGGGACAAGAUAAGACGAACGCAAUGUCAAACACUCGGAUUACAAAAGUAAAAGAAAUACAAAGAAGGAAACACGUUUUCGCCACAGUAACAUGUAAAAGUCAAGUAUGGUGAUUUAUUAUUUCAACUACAGUUGUGUAGACUAAAAUUACCUCACCAUGGGUAGCGCUCAACUUCAAUGACCAGUACGAGGGUGGGCCAGUUUUAUGGGUGUCAUGAGUUCGAGUCUCGUGAGGUUGUUAGCUUUUUACGUUGUUUCACACCCAUACAGCCUCCCAUGGAGCCUCCUCCUAAGGGCCUCAUCACGCGUUUUCUCGCCACGAAAGUUCGUGGGGAACGAACGCGUUGCGGAGCCCUAAGAAUAUCUGUGUAGUAAGAAAUAAGAGGCUAACGCACAUGAUAAGGAGAGCGUUUUCUUCUAUUUCAAGAAAAAGUGUGUCAUCUUUCCUUUGAUUUUUGAUUCAAUGAUUUGUUUUGUCAUACAGCGUGCCCAAAUAUGGCGACCCUGACAGGGACGUCAGGCGUCAUCACAAGUCCUUUUUAUCCAGGAAAUUAUGGUAAAGACCAGGCGUGCAGCUGGAAAAUCACAGCAAGUAGCGGAAAACGCGUCAAGUUGGUCAUUAACGACAUGGACAUAGAACAGGGUGGAAGUAAUUGUGGCAAAGAUUAUUUACAAAUCCAAAAUGGUUUCUUAUAUGGUAGUGGUUUGUCUCAAGGACGAUUAUGUGGGACACACCAUAGAAACUCGAUUUUUGCUUCUUACCGUGAAACUUUGAUUGUACGUUUUGUCACUGAUAGUUCCGGUCCGCGCCCCGGAUUUAAAGCAACAUACACACAGGUCGUCCCUGGCCGUAAGUAGCAAAAUCCUUGUUUUGAGAUUUGCCCAUGACUGUCCAUUUAUAAAAGGAAAAGACCAGUUCUUUAAUAGCUUGUUGAGGCUGGUCUGGAUAUUUUAUUGAACUUAACCAUAAAUUGUAGAUCAAACUCUUUUGAGACUACAGUUUUUAGGCAAUACUGCUUUCAGGGAGAUAUGCGCCAAUCCGUUCAAGGCAGAGCGCGAGCGCAUGUCACAUAUAUAAAAGCGAACACAUCAUUGAGGCCAGCUGGCGAUAAAGUGCCUAAGUUGAGGAUGAAGCGCAACUCCUCGCGUCGUCUUGUUCUGGAAACAGCCUAUGGCCGAGCCAAUUUUCUUCUUACAGCGAAAUUCGUUGUAUCGCGUAACGUGCUCGCCCAGCUUGGCUGGGAAUGACUCUAGACUGCUCAAGAAUAGCGAAGGGAAUCACAAUCGUAAGUGGAUUUUUUGUCGAAAAAAGGAAGCCGACGUUGCUUUAUUCUGGCAAGUGACAAGAAUGAGAAAGAUCAUAAAAAUCUGCGAAGCAAACUUAACUUGUCGAUUAUUGCCCGAAACAGGACGUUCACAAAGCAACGAACCUUGAAACACGUGACAAACAAAACGGAUCGAGAUACACCAAUAAAAAUCAAGAAUCACAAACCAUGACCUAGUGAACUUGUGCAAGUGAACAUGAAUUUCCUAAGAGGUCCGCUAAGAUGAUAACAGAAAAAACCCAAAACAUGCAAAACGCACAGCGCGAUACAACGAAUUUCACUAUAAUAACGUUCAGCGAGUCUUCCCGAAAACGGUCGCCAAUUUUCUUACCUUCACGUACAAUAAGAGGCUGCACAGGACAUAUUUUCUCUGCCAAUUUCAAAACUCGAUUGAAACUAGUAUAGUGCGCGUGGUUUAACAUCUUUUGGGAAGAGGAGUCUCAUAAGUAGGAAGUCGGGAAUACACUAACACCGGUACCGUUGAUGUCAUGCGCAGAAAUCUCGUUACCUUCUAGCUAAAAUUGAAGUUGAAGUCAAACGCGGAUCACUCGUGUGGGUGUCAUGAGUUAGAGUCCCCUCAGACGUUAGCUUUUUCCUGUCUCACGUGCGUGCUGCCUUCUACGCAGGCGUUAUCAGGGCUUCCUCACCGUGCGCGUGUGUGACGAGUGUUUCUAUCUUUAUAUCAAGAUGAAAUGUAUCAGUCAUUCUUUGAUUUUUCAUGCAUUGAAGCAAUGAGCUGUUUUAUCUUACAGCAUGUCCAAAUAUGGCAAUCCUGACAGGGACUUCAGGAAUCAUCAAAAGUCCAUUUUACCCAGGAUAUUAUGGUAAUGGCCAGACAUGCAGCUGGAAAAUCACAGCAAGUAGCGGAAAACGCGUGAAGUUGGUCAUUACAGACAUGGACAUAGAACUCGGUGGAAGUAAUUGUGGCAAAGACUAUAUACAAAUUCAAAAUGGUUUCUUACAUGGUAUUGGUGUGCCUCCUGGGCGAUUAUGUGGGACGCUAACUAGCAACUCGACUUUCGCUUCUUACCGGGAAACGUUGAUAGUACGUCUUGUCACUGAUGGUUCUAUAACGCGCCGCGGAUUUAAAGCAACAUACACACAGGUUGCACUUGGCCGUAAGUAGUAAAAACCAUUUUGGUGAGGUUUUUGCACUGGUGUUCAACACUAUUCCUUACUAAAUUUAUGUAGUUAAUACAGUUGCUGUGCACUACGUGCGUAUUGCUAUUAAGAAUAAAUUCACUCUAACAGUAAUUAUUCUGGGCAGAAUAAAUGUGAUUGGAGAAUUCUGUGUGUAAAAAUAUCGAUUUAUCAAUGUGGGAUUUUUCCUUACAGCACCAAGCGCACCACCAGCUAAUGUCCGAGGACACAACACAAGCUCUACCAGUGUUUGGAUAGAUUGGGAAAAUGUUCCUCUCGCUGAUCAGAAUGGAAUUAUACUGAGUUACACGGUGACAUACACGGCAUUACCUAACGGCAGUCCAAAGACGGCCGUAGUGAGUGCUCCAACCACUCAAACCAGCCUGACCGGUCUGACAAAAUACAGAAACUAUAGCAUUACGGUCUUUGCCUCUAAUGCACAGGGAGAUGGAAAUAUCAGCCUACCUAUCAUAGUCCUCACAGACGAAGAUGGUGAGUAGUUAAUAGUGUCCUCGUACAUGGUCGGAAGCUAAUUUCAGCUAGUAAAAAAACAUGUUUAUAAGUUUCGCAACUAACGUUAUUGAAAAAAAAAAAGGUCUGCAGAGGUCUAUAGGGUAAAGAUUUUACAAGUCUAAUUCGGUAAAAGUUUUACAGGCGUAAUUUACAAGUCGGACCGUUGUUCGUACAAACCUAGGGGAAACAAUUUUAGUAAAGGAAGUUACCAGUACAAAUAACAAGAGCCCAUCUUCGCUUGUAGUUACAAGUGUAGCUCCACACUUGUAUACGAUACCGUAAGUAUUUGAUUUAACAAAGCUUCUGCGGAAGUAUGACUAGCUUAUAGUAUACAAGAGCUCAACUUGUAAAUCACAAGUGUAAGUUACAAGUCGCAAGUCACCUGAAAACAUCGAGGAAGCUCAUUGAAAAAAUGGCACAAAAGUUAGUCUAUGUAUUUCUGCAGUGAAGAAGAACUUGAUGAACUUUUAAUAUGUCGAAUAGUUCGCCAACCACAAACUUUUGCAAAAAUACGACUACUAGAAAUCGAAAAUCUAACGGAAUUCCGACAGAAGUUUCUUUUCCUGGUACAUACCUUUAUUAACAGGGCCGCAUGUUGAUCAAGAAACGAGGCGCAACAGAGCUUUAACUGCAAGAUAAAAAAUAAAUUCUGAUAUUUUUUCUUUUCCUUGGAGCAAAUUCAAUCUAUCAGGUUAUGCACUCAUGUUGUGAUGUCUCAUUCUGCGUUGUUUCGGCAAUGUUCAGACCUUUAAGCGAGGAGAGUUAAUUUGAUGGACUGAUAACCCAUUCAAUGUUGCAGCUAGAUUCAGAGACAUAGCGGGCUUUCCCAAUGUAAAAGGAUGGGUUAACAGAACUCACAUUCCUGUUAACCCACCAAAUUACACGAAGACGCCUUCGUUAACCACCAUCCCACCAAAUUUAUGCCAAUGAAGCUAUGGUCGCAUGACCAGAUUACACGAUCUAUUUCCGAUCAUAGUGUUAUUCACAGUAUAAAUCACGCGACAAAACGCCCAAAUCCAUCAAUUAGAAAAGAUUCCGCGAUAAAAUAGAAAGCUUGUGUGUAAAAAAAAUUUCUUCUAUCCUAUAAAUUGAAUCAUCGUUUAUUAUGUCCUCUUAUUAGUAAUAAAAAAGACAUAAGUAAGCUACACAUUCAAAAAAAAGUAUACAAUAAUUUCGUACAUUUAUAAAUUGAUUUUUCGAUUUAUUCGUUCUUUUAAGACAGUGGGGUGUAUCGCUCUUAAGGAAGAAUAUCACUCUAACACUGACCAUUCCACGCAAAACAAACUUAACUGGAGAGUUGGAUGUGCGAAUCUUUUGACUUAUAAAAAUUCAUUUUGUUCUUUUAGAACCAAACGCACCACCAGUUAAUGUCCAAGGACACAACACAAGCUCGAACAGUAUUUGGGUAAACUGGGACACUGUUCCUGUGGCUGAUCAAAAUGGAAUUGUUUUGACUUACACGGUGAUGUACACGGCGUUCCCUGGUGGUAUUCUACGGACGGCCAUAGUGAAAGCUCCAACCACCCACGUUACACUUAAAAGUUUGGAGGAAUACACAAACUAUAGCAUCUUGGUGUUUGCAUCUACUGUGAAGGGAGACGGAAAUGCCAGCGAUCCAAUCAUUGUUACCACAGACGAGGACAGUAAGUUGCCAAAGUCCUUACGAUACUUAAUACUAAAAAGAGGAGUAGGUAAACGUUGAAACGUUGAAGUUUGGAGGAAUACGCAAACUAUAGCAUCCUCGUGUUUGCAUCUACUGUAAAAGGAGACGGAAAUACGAGCGAUCCAAUCAUUGUUACUAAAGACGAGGACAGUAAGUUGCCAAAGGCCUUACGAUACUUAACAAUAAAUAAAGGAAUGCGUGCUCUUGGUAGUUAUAAUAUAUAGAUUUGGCCAGGGCUAAACGCGUAGCUCCAAUUAAUAAAUUUAUAAUUUAAAUCAAACAAUUGUAAUUAUCCACAAAUCAGUCAACUGGAGAGAUCCAUAUGACUUUAAAGGGUGGGGCUGGAUGAUUUUAGAGAAGAAAUAAUUUGUAAACAGCACAAACGUGAAACAACGUCUAAAAUCUUACAUCGAUGCGAGUUAAUAGUCUUAAAUGUACACCUAAAAAAUAGCAAAAAGCUUUGAUCACAGUAGAUUAGGCGAGAAAAACAAAUUACUCCCAAGCAAAAUAACCUAUUUGCCCACCUACACCACCUUUAUUUUAUAAGGGUAAUUGGACAGUCCCGAAAUAUAAUUUUAUGCUAUAAAGGCCGUUAAGAAACGAUACUCCUCGAUGGCAGACAAUUUACACGUUCUGCCUUUUCGGUUUUAUCUCUCUGUCUAAGAGAAAGGCCAAAAUGAAUUUUUUGUGUGUGACUCGCUACGAAUUUACAUUACAAAUCUGGUAGCGCGUAUUAACUAGCCUUCAUCACCUCUGCGAGGUAUACAGAACUAUCAGUCGUGAUCUUUGUUUAUCGUUCAGACCUCGGACAGAGAUUCAUUCAAUAUUCAGAACGAUCAAAGAACGUGCUUCCCUUGCACAACAAGCUAUAAAACGCUUUUAUAUAGAGACUUCACUUUUACAAGGAACUGUUCAGUCAGGUCAAUCUGCCUUUGUGUAGAAAUAAGGGUAAUCAUGGGCUUUGAGCAAAAACUUUCGAAAACUCUUAUUUUAAUUCAAUUUCCAAAAUCACCCGUUUGGUCAGUCACUCCUGAAUUUUCACAAUUUUGCCAAGCGACAAACUUCCAAUGCGGGCUGGCUGAUGUUUGAAUAAACAGUACCCGGAGAAUUACACUUCGACAUAAAAGAAUUAUUUAUUUAAAAAAUCAAGCACACCUGGUAGGAAGAGGUCUCGGAAUAAUUUUAGUUCCGCAUUUUGCUUCUAAAACACAAGAAUCUUUUACACUAUUCAUACACGCAGCAUUUUGAGUACUCCUGCAUGCGAUUCUUGUACGGCUAAAAACAACCCGGCAAAGCGAUAAGAAAGAGAUUUAAAAAAAAAUCAAGACAGGAUAUAUAAGUCAAUGAAACAUUUAAAGGACAACAAUUAUUAUUCACGAAGACAUGAUUUCAGAGUGACGUGUACCUGAAAAUCUUGAGUCAUGAAUAAAACCUUGCAGAUUUAAGUUAAUAUGAACUUGAGGCAAAAAAUAUCUUCAAAGCAUUCUUUUUACAACCAAUAUGAUAACUAAAUAUUCUUCAGAACGUUUUCUUUCUAGUNGUGUACCUGAAAAUCUUGAGUCAUGAAUAAAACCUUGCAGAUUUAAGUUAAUAUGAACUUGAGGCAAAAAAUAUCUUCAAAGCAUUCUUUUUACAACCAAUAUGAUAACUAAAUAUUCUUCAGAACGUUUUCUUUCUAGUCGCGGUCAGAAAAUGUCUAAAGACGUUUGAGGUUCUGUACUAGGUUAGAUCAUUGUCUGAAAUCUUACAAACGUGCGCAAAGUGACGGCAUAAAAAACGCUCGGCUUAAUGAAACCUAAAAAAAAAACAUCAGAUGCAAUAUAAUUACUCAAGCUUAAGCUAAGUCGAGGUGCAGCUCCUGAAAGCCAUCAAGUAAGAUCAGAAUCGCAAAAGACUUUUGAACCCUUUUACGCAUCAAGGUGAAGUACAGAGAGAACCUUAUUUUUGAAAUGGGGGAUUUCCGAAUACUUUUUUGUCAAGCGGCGCAUUUCUCGACCAAAACCCCCCCAAAACACGCCAGCCAUAAAUUACAAAAGAUUUUUGAUAGCACAUGUAUUUUAUUACGUAGAUCCAGUUUAAAAAGGCGGUUAAAGCACAAUAAGAUCAGACGACACUCAACUCUGUUAGCUCCAGCUAGAGUCUAUCAGUAAAAAAGUUUCCAGAUGGUGCAUACAUUGUCCACAUGAACUCACCUGUCAAAUUUUGACCAAUCUGAGAUAGGAAUGGGACGUACAGCGUGACCAACGCGUGGCGUUGCCUAAUAAAAUACUUUUAAGGUGUAAUAUAGCAACAACAACAACAACAACAAAAACAACUGACACCAAUUUCGCUGGAAGAAAAACACGAAAAUCUUAUAGCGGCGGUGCGAAAAUGAGAAAUGCUAGCGGCCACUAAGGUGAAAAUGAGCGGCAGUGAAAAGCCAAUGUGAACAGGAACACAAACUGGAAAUUUAUGUUUUACUCGUGCAAAACAACGGCAAGGAAAAGUACAAAAAAAGUGUGCUGUACGUGCAAAGCUGUUUUUUUCAAAUUAGUUCUAUUACUGUUGUUUUUUACCUCACUCGUUGUCUUCACCAUAUGGGGCUCUGAUCUCGAAGCCCGCAGAGCUUCGCUAAAAAGGUCAAAGUACUAGCUUAACGUUAAAACAAAAAAAUAACAAGAUAGGAUUUUGGACAUUUUUUUAGACAGAAGGGUCUAUCGCUCUUUAGGAAAAAUAUCACUCUACCAAACAAACAAACUUGACUGAGAGUCGGGUGUGCGAACCUUUUAAAUUACAAAAAUGCAUUUCAUUGUUAUAGAACCAAGCGCACCACCAGUUAACGUCCAAGGACACAACACAAGUUCAACCAGUAUUUGGGUAGACUGGGACACUGUUCCUGUGGCUGAUCAAAAUGGAAUUAUACUGACUUACACGGUGACGUACAUGGCGUUCCCUGGCGGCAUUCCAAUGACCGCCGUAGUGAGUGCUCCAACCACUCACGUCACACUUAGCAGUUUGGAGGAAUACACAAACUAUAGCAUCUUGGUGUUUGCAUCUACUGCAAAGGGAGAUGGAAAUGCCAGCGAUGCAAUCAUUGUCCCCACAGACGAGGACAGUAAGUUGUCAAAGGCCUUACAAUUCGUAACAAUAAAAAAGAGGAGGAUGUCCUCUAAUUAAUUACAAAAAGGUGCUUAAGUGGCUAAAAGUUAAAACAAAAAGUGUAAAAGUUAAAUUUUGUACAUUUCUUAUUCUUUCUUCAUUUUUUGAGGACUGUGGGGGUGUAUCGUUCCUUAAGAACGAUAUCACAAUAACAAUUCCGCGCCAAACGAACUUGACUGGUGAUUCGGGUGCGCGAAUCUUUUAAAUUAUAAAAAUGCAUUUUGUUGUUGUAGAACCAAGGGCACCACCAGUUAAUGUCCAAUUACACGUCAUAAGCUCCACCAGUAUUUGGGUAAACUGGGACACUGUCCCUGUGGCUGAUCAAAAUGGAAUUAUACUUAGUUACACGGUGACGUACACGGCGUUCGCUGGCGGUAUUCCACGGACGGCCGUAGUGAGUGCUCCAACCACCCACGUCACACUCAGGAGUUUGGAGGAAUACACUACCUAUAGCAUCUUGGUGUUUGCAUCUACUGUGAGAGGAGACGGAAAUGCCAGCGAUCCAAUCAUUGUUACCACAGACGAGGACAGUAAGUUGUCAAACGCCUUACGAUACGUAACAAUGAAAAAGAGAAAGGUUUCCUUUAACUAG